AUGCCGCUCGGAGAGAGAGGAGGUUGGGAAAGAAGCGAGUCCAGGUACUGCGGCGUUGAGACUGAUUUCUCCGACGAUGUUCCUUCUCUCCUCUCCUUCCACAUAUCCACCGGCGGCUUCGACUAUGUCCUCGCUCCUCUGAUGAAUCCGUCGUAUAGGCCGAGCUUGGUGGAAGGAAACGGUUUGGAUACUCAGGUUCUACCAUUCUCUGGCUCUGACUUAGUAUUGGCACCUUCUCAGUGGAGCAGUCAUGUCGUUGGAAAAAUUAGUUCGUGGAUUGACUUGGAUUCUGAAGAUGAGGUCUUGCGAAUGGAUUCAGAAACCACAUUGAAGCAAGAAGUAGCUUGGGCUACACAUCUCUCCUUACAGGCAUGCCUUCUUCCUACACCUAAAGGGACUUCGUGCGCCAAUUAUGCCAGAUGUGUAAACCAGAUCUUACAAGGGCUGACUAACUUGCAGUUAUGGCUGAGGAUUCCACUGGUGAAGUCUGAUGGUGAUUCAAUGGAUGCUACCUCAGAGGAUCUGAAUGAUUCCUGGGAACUGUGGAAUUCGUUCCGACUUCUUUGUGAGCAUGACAGCAAGCUGUCUGUUGCUCUUGAUGUUAUGAGUACGCUACCUUCUGAAACCUCACUAGGACGCUGGAUGGGAGAAUCUGUGAGAGCAGCCAUAAUAAGCACUGAUUCUUUCUUAACAAAUGCUCGGGGUUAUCCUUGCUUGUCAAAACGCCACCAAAAGCUAUUAGCAGGAUUUUUUGAUCAUGCUGUCCAGGUUGUAGUUUCUGGAAAGCCUGUUCAUAAUAUUACAAAGGCUUCUGAUUCGAACACUGACGAUACGCAGAGGCAUCCCCUGCGGUCAUAUUUGGACUAUGUUGCUUAUUUGUUCCAAAAAAUGGAAGCACUUCCUGAACAAGAACGCAUAGAGGUCCCUCUGAUGGAUAACCUCGAAGCCCAAACCUAUGAGACGUUUGAGAGAGACUCAGUUAAAUACAUCCAAUAUCAAAGGGCAGUUGCCAAAGCCUUGGUGGACAGGGUCCCUGAUGAAAAAGCGUCUGAGUUAACUACUGUAUUGAUGGUUGUGGGAGCAGGAAGAGGACCCCUUGUGAGGGCAUCAUUGCAGGCCGCUGAAGAAACUGAUCGCAAGUUGAAAGUUUAUGCUGUCGAAAAGAAUCCUAAUGCAGUUGUAACACUCCAUAAUUUGGUUAAGCUGGAAGGGUGGGAAGACAUUGUUACGAUAAUAUCCUGUGACAUGCGUUUUUGGAGUGCUCCUGAGAAAGCUGAUAUAUUGGUUAGUGAACUGUUGGGUUCUUUUGGAGACAAUGAACUCUCUCCUGAGUGUCUUGAUGGAGCCCAAAGGUUUCUGAAGACAGAUGGAAUUUCAAUACCAUCCUCGUAUACAAGUUUCAUACAACCUGUGACAGCUUCGAAGCUUUACAAUGAUAUUAAGGCUCAUAAAGAUCUCGCGCACUUUGAAACUGCUUAUGUCGUCAAACUGCACAGUGUUGCUAAACUUGCUCCUUCCCAAUCUGUUUUCACAUUUACUCAUCCAAACUUCUCAACAAAAGCCAACAACCAACGCUACAAAAAGCUUCGUUUCAAUCUACCAAGCGACGCUGGCUCAGCCUUGGUGCAUGGAUUUGCUGGCUACUUUGAUUCCGUCCUUUAUAAAGAUGUUCAUCUUGGGAUCGAGCCUACAACAGCAACACCGAAUAUGUUCAGCUGGUUCCCAAUAUUUUUCCCAUUGAGGAAGCCUGUGGAGGUUCACCCUGAUUCUCCAUUAGAAGUACACUUUUGGAGGUGUUGUGGUUCCUCUAAGGUUUGGUAUGAAUGGUCGGUAUCUUCGCCUACUCCAUCUCCAAUGCACAACACCAAUGGCCGAUCUUACUGGGUCGGCCUUUAG